UAUGAAUAGGGUCGCCCAGGCAAUAGGAAAUCAUUCAUGCUCCUCCGAUUCGCAGAACAUCUAUUCAAAUAUUAAAACGUGGCGUGUACGGAGCGUUCCUCUAUUAAAUGCGUACCAAUUAAACGACUUUUACGUCACUAGCGGUAGAUCGUAUGAAUGUACCAAACAAGGAUUAAGAAUUUUAGCGGCCGUCCAAUUUCCAGACGCUUGGGCCGACUUAACGGAAUGGCCAGAAAAUUUAUCCUACGACCUUCGUCUUCCAUCUGAAAUUAUUCGAGAAACUUCUGGUAGAGAAGAUUUAAAAAAAUGGUUUACAGAUAAAACUUUCAUAGAAGACUUUAUACUUAAUUUAAAAAACUUGCAUAGGAUACCAUUUACAACUGAAUUAAGAAAUCCUUAUACGUUUAAUCCGCAAUGGGAAAACAUGGAAAAAAAUAUAUUUUUAGAAUUACAAUGGUUAAUUGAUAAAUCGAUAAUUCAUUCUAUUAAUUCUUCUGCUAGUCUAAUCGAAUAUAAAGUAGAAUUGGUUAGAUUUUCUGAGGAAGAACCUGUAAAUGACCUAACUUUAUCCGAAUUGGAUUCGCACGCUCACGCGGCAACCACUCUUCUAAUAUUAACUGCAUUAACUCUAAUAUUUAUCGUUAAUAUGGAUACAGAGAAUGUUUGUAGACGUCGAAUACUACUUCAAGAGCAUGGUGUGUGGGCGUCAACCUUCUAUGGAGAAUGGAUGUUCAGCUUUUAUGUUCUACUCAUUUAUCCCCAUACUAGCUAUUGGUUUUCCAAUUCAACUGAACAGAAGAUGAUCUCUCCUGGUUCGGAACAUCGAUACAGAAUGAAAAAUUUUGAACAAGAUCAUAACUUCAAUAAAAUUCCCUGUAUAAUUGUCGAUGUUUUAAAUAUAUCGGGAGAUGUUACCUUUGAAUAUUUGGGAGAUGAUAGAUAUACAUUUAAAGUCUAUCUAAACGAAAUAACAGCAAUUGUUGGACCGCCUAAAUCGGGAAAAUCAAAAAUAAUGGGCGUAAUGAGCGGUUGGAUAAGACCCGAUGUUGGCUAUUCCAAAAUAUUUGAAGUAGAUGCUGUCGAAGAUCAAGAUGAGGCUCUCCGUCUAAUUGGCAAAUGGAGUAGUGUUGAUACAUGCUAUAGGGAAUUAACAGUCUACGAGCACCUAAUUUUCUUUGCUUCAUGUAAGCUGAGAGAGUAUUCAAGGCUAGGAAGAGAAGUUAACGGUCUACUCUCUUUAUUUGGCCUUCUUCAUAAAAAAUACAAUCUAGUGAGUUGUUUAAACGAAGUUGAACAACAAAAACUAGGCAUUUGCGGUGCAUUUAUGGGUGACACAAAGAUAGUUAUGCUCCAAAAUCCAACCGUGGGAAUGUCGCUUAGCGAUAGAAAUUUUACAUGGGAUUGUUUACUCAAGUUGAAAAAUGACAGAGCAAUAAUUAUAGUAGAAAAUUAUUUAAAUGACGUUGAUUUAUACGCAGAUAGAUUUAUGUUAAUGUCAAAUGGGAGAAUAGAAUGUUAUGGUUCUUGGGAUUACAUUAAGAUGGAAUAUGGUUUAGGAUAUCAUUUGUUAAUAUAUAAAAAUUACGAUACAGAGGAUAGAAUUAUACACAACUUUUUACUGGAAGAAUUUCCAGAAUUAUACGUAGAAAUUGAUAAAGAAAAGGAAAAUCUAUUAAAGUAUUAUAUACCGUCUAGAUUUGUACACAAGUUUCAGUUGUUUUUCUCAAAAUUAAAAACCCAAAGUUCUCAAAUAGGCGUUGUAAAGUACAGACUCUUGGCUAUAAAUAUUCAAGAUGCAUUUGCAAGAAUAAAGACAGGAGCAUCUGUUAGUGGAGGUGUUUUAAAUCCAAUUCACGAGUUUAGUUCAGAAAGUUCCAAAGGAAAGAAAUCCGUAUUAACCAAACAACUAUGA